AUGACACUUCCGUACCGGGACAUCAAUGUCCAUGUCGCUGCCGACUCCUAUACCUUCACCUCGCCCUCGUCACCCAAUGCGCCGGGUCUUAUCGUCGACCGCCCCACCGGCGAUGUGAGGCUGAGCGAAGGAACAUCCUACCCGAGCAAGCGCGCGUCCAAGGUCUCGAGUGUCGCUGGUAUUCUGGGCAUGAUCCGCUUGAGACUGGACAAGUAUGUCAUCGUUAUCACGAAAGCCCAGCCGAUAGGCCGUCUCAAGGGUCAUAUGGUCUACAAGAUCAUCUCGACCGACUUCCUACCCAUGCGUGAACGUCAGAUCCGCGACCCCGAUGAGGACCAGUUCUUGUCCCUGCUGAAAACAUACAUCAUGACGGGACCCAUGUACUUCUCAUACUCGCUGGACCUCACCAACAGCUUCCAAAGACAGGCGUCCAUGGACAGCGCCAGCCCUCUGUGGAUGCGCGCCGAUGAUCGCUUCUUCUGGAACAAGUUUGUGCAAACGGACCUGAUGAACUUUCGCAAGAUGGGCAGCCGGUCACAGCAAGGAUCGCAGCCCGGCGCUGACCCGUACAUCCUACCGAUCAUAUGGGGGACUCUGGAGAUCCGGCCUACCACCUUCAAGAGCACACCCCUGACGAUAGUCCUGAUUACCCGCAAGUCGAGGUACCGCGCUGGUACGAGGUAUUUCACUAGGGGUCUCGAUGAGGAUGGCCAUGCUGCGAAUUACAACGAGACAGAGCAGGUCGUUGUUCUCAACGACACCGGCAGUGGCCUGGGAGGAUACGCAGGGAGCGCUGAUAUGCAGAGUGGGAAAUUCGGAGCUUCCGAGGGCCGCGAGAUGCAGAUCAUGUCCUACGUGCAAACACGAGGUAGCGUGCCAGUGUACUGGGCUGAGAUCAACGAGCUCAAGUACACCCCCAGGCUCCAGGUUCGCGGCAUCGAAACCGCAGUCCCUGCUGCCAAAAAACACUUCGACGAACAGAUCCGCAUCUAUGGUGACAACUACCUGGUCAACCUAGUAAACCAGAAGGGCCGCGAGAAGCGGGUCAAGGAAGCGUACGAGCAAAUGGUGCAGAUGCUUGUGACCUCACCUUCCGAGAAGGUCAACGCUGAUGCGAUCAGCGACGAGAAGUUCCACGUGAUCCAACCGACGUCCUCCCAGCAGGAAUUCGACCGCCUUCACUACGUCUACUUUGAUUUCCACCAUGAGACAAAGGGAAUGCAGUUGCACCGUGCCAUGAUGCUGGUGGAGAAGCUACACGACGCGCUAAUAGCACAGCAGUACUUCAGGGGUGUUGACAUGCCCGCCAAUGGGGGCCUUGAGACUAGGAAUUUCCAGACCAGCGUGGUCCGGACAAACUGCAUGGAUUCGCUUGAUCGUACAAACGUGGUGCAAAGCAUGUUCGCACGGUGGACGUUGGAUCGCAUCUUCACUGAUCUUGGCUUGCUUCAGCGAGGCGAGACUUUCGCGACUGCUGACCCAGCGUUCGAGUUCCUCUUUCGCAACAUCUGGGCAGAUAACGCGGACACCGUGUCAAAAGCAUACUCUGGUACCGGGGCCAUGAAGACGGAUCUUACGCGGUUGGGCAAGCGCUCGAGACAGGGCACGCUUCAGGAUGGCAACGUUGCUGUGUCUCGAUACUACCUGAACAACUUCAAGGACGGCCCAAGACAAGACGCGUACGAUCUGUUCUUGGGCGCCUACGAGCCCUCUACGGCGAAUAUCGGAUCUUCAUUGAUCUUCGCAGACCGCAGGCCAAUUCUCAUCCAAAGCAUUCCCUACAUGCUUGCGUUCAGUGUAUUCUUAGUUCUCGUGGGAUUGUUCACGAAGCGUUCGCCCGAUUCGGCUGUCUUGCCCACACGGCUUUUCAUCUUGUUCUGGAUGGCGGUGGCAGGAUGGUCUCUGAGUUUCAUCCUGAAGAACGGCAUGCUUUACGUUAACUGGCCAAAGUUGAACCCGCGCCCGUGGGCUACGGAGGGAUACCAGGAGACCAUCGGAAAGGUCAGGAAAGAUAAGCUAAUCGGGUCGCUCGUGGCCAAGCACGAGCGCGGCUUGAGCACAGCGAGAUAUCUCAACGCCGAAGAAGGCAAGAAGAGGAUCGAGUAG